AUGUCACAAACACACAGUAAAAGAAAGGCUAUUAUUAUAAACUCCGCCAUUUGCAUCCGUUUGUUUACGAGCAGAUGUUGCAGGGACAUCCGAACCACCAGAUGGCAGCAUCUAUUGCAGUCAAUACUUGUGACUUUAGUCGGUCUGUCUUUAAUGUAUGUUCGGCGUUGUUGGUGUUUAAUAUGGCGAAUUCCGUACAACGUGUGUUCUAAAGUCAGGUUUACUUCACUUAAAGAGACUAACAAAAUGUCUGAAUUGGCACAGAGUCAGUUUGAGUCCAGUGAUGAUGAACUUCCCGAGGAGGUCGCCUUUGAUGCGUCCAAAAGUGCUGCUCUGAAGAGCGUUAAAGAUGCACUGGAGUCAGCUAAAAGAGAGAAGAACCUAUUGAAGGAGAAACGAAGGAAAAGACAACAGUUGUUUCAAGAACAAAAGACGAGAAAACGUCUUCCUGAAGACCUCCUGGAGGAAUUUGAUACAGAACCCCAAAAACCUGCUGUGUUAUCAGACAACGUCAAAGAUGAGGAGGAGACAAAUGUCACGUCAGAAACAAACUCUAAAAGUUUACCAGACAGUUACAGUGUAAAGAGAGUGAAGGAUGAAUCCGCUGCCAAAUCACUGCAACAAAGCGCAAUUGACUUCAUUCAGUCCCGCCUUUACGGACCAGGAACCAAAAGAACAAGCAAUGCAGAGCUUCUGUCCCUCAAAAUGAAAAAGGGUGCCAGACAAGGUGCAUCUGUGGAGUUUGUGAAUAAAAAAUAUGGUGCCGACUUAAAAAAGAAGAUCACAAAGUCCAAUAAAAGGUUUAUACACAAACAGAAAAUGGUUCCUUCCUGAGAUCUAAAACAGGGGAUUAAUAAUUAUUACACAUGAGAACUGUAACCUUCCUUAACUUAGGGAGCUUAGCUAUUUUUGACCAUAUGGAUCACAUUUUACAAAAGGACACCUUUAAUUUAGUACCUUUUCCGUUAACGCAGUUAAAAAAUAUUAUCAAAUAAAAUUCAGUCUCUACUCAUUCAAAUAGAAAUGACUAUGUUCUUCCAUCUUUUUCAAAUCAAAAGUAAAAAAAAAAAUGGCUGAAGCUGAAUGUUCUUCAUGUUUGCAUAUUUAAUGUACACUUUAAUAAAUGUAAACCUGAUCUAAGGCCUGACAUUUCUUGUUUUAGUUACGUUUUACAUUCAUUUGACUAUUGUAACUAUAUGACUGUAAUGAUCAAAUGGACAAAUCAUGGAGGUGUCAUUUCAAAACGUUAACAUAUGUAAUAAAACUUGUUUUGCCAUUA